CGCCGGCGGAGGCGGCGGAGGGAGCGGGAGGGUCGCUCGGGGCCGGCGGGCAGCGGCUCCGGGUUCUGCUGCGCUCCGGACCGGGCCGGGCCGGGCCGGUCGGGACCGCCCCGCCAUGGGGACGCCGGGCGCCGGACGCAAGCGGCUGCCGAACCGGGAACGCCUGACGGCGGAGGACGAUGCGCUCAACCAGAUCGCCCGCGAGGCUGAAGCCAGACUCGCGGCGAAGAGAGCGGCGCGGGCGGAGGCGCGGGAGAUCCGGAUGAAAGAGCUGGAGAGGCAGCAGAAGGAGAUCUAUCAGGUGCAGAAGAAAUAUUAUGGGCUGGAUACUAAGUGGGGAGACAUCGAGCAAUGGAUGGAAGACAGUGAGCGUUAUUCCCGUAGAGCCCGAAGAAAUGCCUCGGCUUCGGAUGAAGAUGAGCGCAUGUCAGUGGGUAGCCGUGGAAGCCUGAGGUCUCAUUUGGAUUAUGCCAGCACCUACCCAUUGGUGAGAACAGUCUGCAAGUUGCAGAGUGCUGGAUUAGAGAGUGAGAGGACCAAAAAGAAGAGCUACUCCAAAGCAACCAAUGGUUAUGAGGAAGACGUGUAUGGAUCAUCCCAGAGUAGAAAAUCUAGCAGGGCUUCCUACUACUCUGACCUGGGUCUCCCCAACAGCAGCUAUGCUUCCACAUCUCAACUUUCUUCCCAAAAUGGAAAUUGGGCCUCUGUGUACGAGGAGAGCGUUUACAGCGGGAGCCGGCGCUAUAGUGCCCCCAGUUCCCGCGCUCCUUCUGAGUACAGCUGCUACCUUGGUUCGGGAUCUCGGGCAUCCUCCAGAGCCAGCUCUGCUCGGGCCAGUCCAGUGAUUGAGGAAAGGCCAGAAAAAGACUUUGAGAAGGGAGCACGAACUGUCUCAAGCUUAUCAGCAGCUACCUUGGCUUCUCUGGGAGGGACAUCUUCACGGAGAGGCAGUGGGGACACGUCCAUCUCAGCUGACACAGAGGCAUCCAUCAGGGAAAUCAAGGACAUCUAUGAGUUAAAGGACCAGAUUCAGGAUGUAGAAGGCAAAUACAUGCAGGGGCUGAAAGAACUGAAGGACUCUCUAGCUGAAGUUGAGGAGAAAUACAAGAAGGCUAUGGUGUCAAAUGCUCAGCUGGACAAUGAGAAAACCAAUUUCAUGUACCAGGUGGACACCCUGAAGGAUGCGCUCUUAGAGUUAGAGGAACAGCUGGCAGAAUCCAGGAGGCAAUAUGAAGAGAAAAGUAAAGAAUUUGAGAGGGAGAAGCAUGCUCAUAGCAUACUGCAGUUUCAGUUCAUGGAAAUCAAAGAGGCUUUGAAGCAGAGAGAAGAAAUGCUUGCAGAAAUCCAACAGCUGCAGCAGAAACAGCAGAGCUAUGUCAGGGAAAUUUCUGAUCUUCAGGAGACAAUAGAGUGGAAAGACAAAAAAAUAGGGGCACUAGAGAGGCAGAAAGAUUUCUUUGAUUCCAUAAGGAGUGAGCGGGAUGACCUUAGAGACGAAGUGGUUGUGCUGAAGGAGCAACUGAAGAAACAUGGAAUAGUCCCAGACUCUGAUGUAGCCACCAACGGGGACACAUCAGACAUUCUGGAUAACGAAGGACACUUGGAUUCUUCCCGAACUGCCCCAGGCACCACUCAGGCAUUAAAGACAGGAGGGGAGGGGAUGCUAGGCAAAGCCAAUGAAGUGGAGAUGAAAAAUGAGAUUUUGGAGGAUGUGGGGAAAAGAGAAAUCUUGCAGAAUACUGAGCAUGAGGAACACAAAGAGGAGUCUGAGGAGGAGGAAGUACAGACAUUGCAUGCUGCUGAAAAUGCAAAGGCAGAACAAAUGGAAGAACGGGACGCCCUGCCAGCAGUGAUGUUACCAGAGAGUAGGUUUGCAGAGCAAGCCCAAAGCCUCACAGAACCUGUGUCAGGGAGCACUUCUUCAAUCAGUGACAGUGACACAGAUGGCCUGAGAAAGGUCACAGAGUCCAGGGGCACAGUAGUCCAGCAGCCUGAGAGUACAGAGGCUGAACACCAUGACUUGAGUGCAAGGACAAAUGAGAACCUGGAGCUGGGCUCUCUGCAAGGCCACCCAAUUUUUGAGACUCCUCAGGAAAUGUUUUGUGACUCAGGUACAGAGCAGGAGCUGGGAGAAGCUGCACCUGACCAGGAAGAACAAGAGGAUGUUGAAACCAGCCAUGCCCUGAGUGAUGACGAAACGGAUGAAGGAUCUGACAGUACAAGUGAGAGCAGUGAGUUGGUUUCUAACCAGGCAGGGCUACCUGAGGGAGCAGUGGCAGGCCUGCUUAGGGAAGAGGGAAAUGUGGAGUGUUCCACUCCAGAGGAACCCCAGCACUCAGAAGAAAGUGCUGAAAAUAAGGCUGCAAAUGUCUUGGAGGAAAAGCUUGUUAACUGCAGUGAUGGGACAAGUGAUAAAACAGCAGGUGACAGAGCUGAAGAAGAUGAGGUUGGGAACACAGUUCAGGGUCAGCCAAGGGAAACUGAGUCUGUGGGUUUGGAGGAGACAGAGCCAUGUGAAAGUGAUGUCCCAGCACAGCCAUUUGGAAAGGAAGGUGGAGAGCAUCAGGCAUUCAUCCAAGCAGCUUCUUCAGAGGACAGUGCUUCAGCAUCCCCAGAGGAACCAAGUACACAAGGUAAAACUGAAGAUGAAGCUGCUACAGCUGAGAAGGAUGGACAGAAGGAAGAAUUGAUGGAAGAGCUGGAGAAUUGUUCAGGUUUUGCUGAAACAGGCGAGCAAGGUGUGGCAUCUGUGGAGGCAGGAGGCUGCAUUCCCGAGGGACAGGGAGGUGAGCUGCAGGAGGCACAGCCAGGAACAGAGGUUGUGAGAGAGGUGAUCACUCAGGAAACCCAUGUAGACCCGAGUCUCUUAGAUGAUGAAGUGAAGGAGUCAGAAUUGGAGACAGGGGAUGAGGCUGGGGAAGGACAGGAAAGUAGGACAGAAUUGGUAGAAGACUUGAAUCCAAAGGCAGAGGUUCAAUCAAGUCAGUGUAGUGAAGAAAAAGCAGAUGGUACAGAGGGAGAGAAAAAUGUUCCUUUAGAGGGUGAAGUGCAGAAAGUGGUUAAACAAGCAGAGGGUGAAUCUGAGGAGAAGUCAGGUGUAGGUGUCACUGUAACUACUGAAAACAAAGCCAGUAAAGAAACACUGAAAGAAAAUGAGCAAGAGGUAGAGCUUGCACACCACCCUGGUGGGGAAUUUGUUUCUGAGGAAGGUGCAAAUAAUGCCCUGGAACAGAAGCCUGUGCAGGAUGAAAACAUUAGUGAACAAGUUAAAGUGGAGGAAGGUGCAAAUAAUGCCCUGGAACAGAAGCCUGUGCAGGAUGAAAACAUUAGUGAACAAGUUAAAGUGGAGGAAGGUGCAAAUAAUUCCCUGGCACAGAAACCUGUGCAGGAUGAAAACAUUAGUGAACAAGUGAAAUUGGAGGUAGGUGUAAAUAAUUCCCUGGCACAGAAACCUAUGCAGGAUGAAAACAUUAGUGAAGAAGUUAAAGUGGAGGAAGGUGUAAAUAGUUCCUUGGCACAGAAGCUUGUGCAGGAUGACAACAUUAGUGAAGAAGUUAAAGUGGAGGAAGGUGCAAAUAAUUCUCUGCCACAGAAAGCUGUGCAGGAUGACAACAUUAGUGAACAAGUGACACUGGAGGACCAAGCAGAGGAAAUCGUGGAAGAUGAUGGUGAUGCAUUUGAUUUUGAUGAAGAGUCAAAUCAAAUACUAGAGUCUGAUGAAAAUUGUGAUGAAGAGAAAGCUGAUGCACAGGCAGAAGAGGACGAUGGAGGAAAUUGUGCUGUUGGAAAAACUGCCCACAGAGACGAAACUGGAGAGGGAACAGACAAAAUGGAAACCAAAGAUGCCUUGACCAAAGGUGAAGUCCUGCAGCAUAAAAAAGAUGAGCCUGAAGAAACAGGGUGCUUGCAAGGGAAAGCAUUGGGAAAAGCUGAUGAGGAGGCUGAUGUGGAGGAAGAUGAAAUCAAAGUAUCAGAUUCUAGUAAAGUGGGAAAAUUACAGGAUCGAGAUGUUUUGGAACAGGAUUUGGAAAGUGCUUUCAUUAAGAGGGCUGAAAGCAGGGAGGAUUUGCAGGUUGGUAAAAGGAGUAAGGGCAGAUCCAGAGAUGACUGUACAAUCUCCUGAGUUCAGAAUCUCAAACCUGCACGAGUUCCAUGCCCUGUGACCCGUCCCAGGACACAAAGAUGCACUUUGCACAAGACAUCAGACCUUGGAAUACUCUUAGAGCUUUGUCUUUGUAGGUAACUCAGCAUAAAGCACGGAUGUGGUAAUGAUGCAACUACUAAGUUAUUCACUGUUGUACCCAGCCACAAGAAAUUGUGAGUGGGUUUGGUUUUGCUGUGUCUCAGGUUGAAAGCUUAUCACCUAAUGAGGAAGCUUCACAACUUGAUUAUUCAAACUGUUAUGCAAUUAAAGUACCUCUAGUGUGGAUAGCUGCUCUUGGGGAAUUUCUAUAGGAAUUUUUUUUUAUUCUAGCCUAGUUGAUCAAUAUCUUGAAUGUACCUUGGGCCUUUCAUGCACAUUAUGCUUACUUGUACUUAGAUCUACAGCAAGUACAUUAACUCUUCAUGAAGGAACUCAGCAGAUCAGCCACACUGAUGGUGAAACUUCUUUCAGAAUGCUUAAAGCCUAUGAACCAAUCUCUUAUUUUUUUAAUAUGAAGAAAAAAUACCUUUUCAUUCCACUUUGUGUGUAUUUCUUACAUGGUCGUAUUCCAAAAUAUAGUUAGAUCAUUGUGAAUCUGCUUAGUCUGAGCACUUUGGAAGAGCAAUACACAGUUUGGAGGAAGUGCAACAUGCAGGUCUUAGCUUGCUGAAAGGAAUAAAUAUACACAUGUUUACUUCAUCUAGGCACUUUGCACCACAAUAGGCCUUUUACACCAUGUCUCACAUGGGGUUUUUAUUUUUUCCAGAGAAAGUGUCAAUACACACUGUAAUGUGUGCUUAGGUUUGCUAUCAAGUACUGUCUAGAUAUGAAUAUAUAAAAUAUCUAUUUUUCCAAGAAGAUUUUUGUUUAAAAUUCCAUUUGCUUACUGCAUGAUUUUUUUUUUUUUUUUUUUUUUUGCAAACUAUGAUUCUGAAAGAAUGUUUUUAUCUCUGAAACAAAUCUUAUCUCUUUCCUUCUGGAAAGAAGAUAACUUUGCAUGUCUUAACUCUUGCUGGAUAUCAGACCAAAGAUGACUGUUGUUUUGUGUACUAGUCCCCCUGUGCCUUUUGGAAAAGCUGGAUUGCUUUGAAUUGCUGGCAUAGAUUAGGCUCUUGCACUCCCUUGCUGUAUUUCCUCUUGCAUCUCUGCUAGUGCUUGGGAAGGAAGAGCAUGUUUUGCAUAUAUAAAUAUUCGUUUGAAGUGUUAAGCAAUGAAUGUCCCAGGGGAGUGCAGAUCGAGGGGGGUGUGGGCUAUGGAAAGCUGUAUUUGUCUUGAUGUUACAAAGUUGUCAGAACAUGGACAGACUGCAAAAUUUGAAGAUGUAUAUCAAAAUGUACUGCUGUAUAUAAUUUAAAUAAACAUAUUUUAUACUUUAAAGUA